GUUCUUUUUUCUUUCUUUCUUUUCAUAUGUUUGCGAAUACACGAAUACAUGAAGCGGGGAGAAGAGGCUGUGUAAGAGGAAUGAGGCUAGAUAUACUCGAGUUUGCCUAUUGCGCAACUGAGACACCAUUGCUACUUUACGCACGUACGCAUACGACAUACAUAUUUCGAGGGGUCAACAUUUGGCACGUGGGGAAUUUCAUAUGUCAACACAUGCCAACAUACAAACAUACACACAAACAUAUAAUAUCAGAUCAUACGUGCUAAUCUAUUCUGAUGUCAUAUAGACAAGCGCGCUCUUCCAAAAUGGCGGUACAACUUGCGACAGCAGGCUCUACCCCUCGUCCGAUGGGAGACACCCUACCUAGCAUGGCUACAAGCCACCUUGCGCUCGCCCGCCCUCGAUAGUUACUUCGCCAUCACUGCCAACCUCGGCACACAUACGUUCUUUAUGAUUGGUCUACCUAUAAUGUUUUGGUGUGGCAAUGGCUCAUUUGGAAAAGGAAUCGUACACAUCCUAGCCACGGGAGUCUUUUUCACCGGCUUCAUCAAGGACUUCUUCUCCCUCCCGCGCCCUCUAUCCCCACCUCUCCACCGCAUCACCAUGUCCGGUUCCGCCGCCCUCGAAUACGGCUUUCCGUCAACACACUCCGCAAACGCCGUCUCUGUUGCCGUCUAUGGCAUCCUUUGCUUACAUAGUUCCGACGCCGCCUUCGAACAAGCCGACCCAUCUAGUCCUAUCCCGUCCCGCUUCGCCCUCGAAGCGCUUGCUUAUUUCUAUGCGAUUAGCAUCAUCUUCGGCCGUCUAUAUUGCGGCAUGCACGGCUUCGUCGACGUCAUUUUCGGGUCCGCCUUAGGCGCUAUAAUCUCACUCGUCGAAUUCUACUACGGCCCUGCCCUCGAGAACUAUCUACAGACCGGCGGCUGGACUAGUUUAUGCUUCUUCCUACUUAUUAUUAUUAUACUUAUACGAGUACACCCCGAACCCGCUGAUGACUGCCCUUGUUUCGACGACAGCGUGGCGUUCGCGGGCGUUAUGAUGGGGCUCGAGAUUGGUACUUGGCGCUUCGAUCGUAGCUCCUUUGCGGAUAUACCGUUUAGCCUCGAAGCUUUGGGCUGGGGUGCUGUGGCUGCGCGGAUUCUGUUCGGGGUUUUGGUUAUUUUUGCUUGGCGAGAAGUCGCUAAGCCGUCUCUACUUAGGGGAUUACCGCAUCUUUUCCGACUUAUCGAGGAUCAGGGUCUGAGUUUACCCCGACGGUUCUUCAUGCCGGCUUCUGAGUAUAAGAAUAUCCCCCUAUGUCUGCGUGUUGAUAAUGUUAUGCCGAAUGUGAGUGACUUGCCGAAUUUAAUUACGGCGGUUCGACAUCCUGGUCGCGGUAGGUCCGUGAGUGUGGGACCGCAGAGUGCGGCGGAUGCGUAUGAGACACUGGCGUAUCGUGAACGGAGACGUAGGGAGAGUGUUGAUGUUGGGAAUAGUCCCGGUGGUCUAAGUGCUGGCCCUAGCCCUAUUGUUGGUGCCGGGGGACUGAGAAAUAGGGCGAGUGUGCAGGAUAUACGGUGGUCGCAACAACAGCAACAGCAAAAUGACGACUUCCACGCAGCGAGGAGCUCUGCUAUUGGUGGCGGAAAUAAUAACGAGGCGCCAAGACUUAACACGCCGAGUGAUUAUGAGAAGUUAAUGGGAGAGGGCACCGUUGUGGUCUCGCCGGUCGAGAUAAGCCCGACGAGUCCUGGUGAUGAUUCCAGAGGUAGGGGCCAAGAGGAGCCUGAUGUGUAUGUGGGACAGCAGGAUGAGUUGGGUGAGAGCGAGGUCUUUUCGAAGUUGGUUAAGCCUAGGGUACGAUAUGAUGUGGAGGUUGUUACGAAGCUUGUUGUUUACGCCGGGAUUGGCUGGCUAGCCGUCGAAGUCGUACCCGUGUUAUACGAAUUCAUCCCCGGUCUAGGCGCCGGACACCUCCGAGUAUCGUGAGGUUAAUGAGUAUGAGGCUGAGACCAGCAGUUGCAUACGUUGGUUCAUUAUGGUUAUGCAUGCAUGUAAAGCGUGUCUUGAGAUGCGCUAUAAUACUUAACCUUCAUCUUGUGGCGUUGGUUGGUGAUCGCUAUGUUCGAUCCGGUUCGGUCUUGGCUUGGCAUAUCUCAAAUCCCCUUCCACUAUUAGGAUGGUCUGGAUGUUUGCCUGCCUUGUAUAAUUUCUUGUAUAUACCUUUGGUAUUGAUAAUAUUAUUUUACGAGUCACAUUCAUGGCGGAGGAUUUGUGAAGAGUUGGUUUAAAGUAAUCAAAUUCAACUAUGCUUGAGCUUGCUAUAUAAUCCA